CAAAGAAUUACAAAAAGGCACACAACAGAGAACAUAAACAAAGCGAAAAAAGAGAGAAAUUCAGUGACGACAGAAUAAAAUAAAGAUGGAGUGAUGACGAAGGAAAUAGUUGGUUUAACUUUGGGGCCAGGGUGGCAAUUGACACUAUAAAUAUAGGUAAAUUAACCAAAGUGUUUCAUUGUAGUCACCGAGCGAUAAAAAAAGAAGUGUUUCGUUGUAUAGUUACCAUGGAUCGUAACCUGUACAAAGCUGCUAGUGAAGGCAAAGUUGAUGUCCUCCGGCAACACUUUGACCAACUAGAAAGCCAAGCCACAGCCAAUAGAAACACUGCUCUCCACGUGGCAGCCCAAUUCGGCCAAUCACAAUGUGUGGCCGCGAUUCUAGAAGUGUGCCCCUCGUUGUUACGCCGAGUUAACAACAGAGGCGAAACUCCACUUCAUAUGGCGGCGAGGGAAGCGUACUCCGAUGUAGUCAAAGCGCUUAUAGAGUGCGCGAAAAAGAUAGAGCAAGAACUUGAAAGCGGCUGGAGUGGGGAAGCUAAGAAGAUGUUGAGGGCGACCAAUGCUGACGGAGACACGGCCUUGCACAUGGCGGUGCGGAAUUGCCACUUGGAAAAGGAAAAGGACAAGUACUUGGAAGUGGUCAGAUUGUUAACCAGAGAAGAUCCUGAGUUUCAACAUCCCACCAACAAUGCUAAGGAAACUCCACUUUACCUGGCUGCUGAGCGAGGUAGCGAGGACGUAGUGGUUACGCUCUUGGAAACUUGCACAUCGCCAACUUAUGGCGGCCCUGGUGGAAGAACAGCAUUGCAUGCUGCAGCACUUAAAGAUUACUUCGCAGGUCGACUUACAAAAGCAUUGUUGGAAUGGAAGAAAGAUCUAAUCAAGCAAGCAGAUGAGUAUGGGUGGACUCCACUUCACUAUGCUGCAUGCAAUGAGAGUGGAGAGGGAUCAGUUAUGGAACUACUAGCAAUGGAUAUAUCAGUGGCAUACAUUACCACUACAAACAAGGACGGUCUGGAAACAGCUCUUCACAUCGCCGCAGCACAUGGGCAUGUAUCUGUAAUCGAAGAGCUUUUAAUAUACAAUCCAGAUUGUUGGGAGAUGGUCAAUAGUAAAGGGCAGAAUGCCCUUCAUAUUGCUGUGGACAUGAACAGGGAUUCAGUGAUUAGAUAUAUAUUAAGGAAGUCCUGGGUUGGGCAACUUAUAAACCAAAAGGACAACGAAGGUAACACACCUCUCCAUCUACUUAUUGCUUCCGAUGGCUAUGCUAAUGAGCUAUGGACGCAUGAUAGAGCAGAUCAUCAUGCUUUCAAUGGCAAAAGCAUGACCCCCGUGGAUUUAGUGUGGUCCGAUUUUAUGGAGGAAAGGAUGUCGACCUUUGCUGAAAGAUAUAUUGUGGAUGAUACCUUUUUGGAUUCGGGAAUUAAAGCUAGUGGUGGGAGAAACCUAGCCUGCAACGCUCAUGUUAACUUAGCAAAAUUGGAGAAAGCUCGUACACAAGAAAAACAGAAAAGACGAAUGAGAGAAGAAGAGGCUAAAGAGAAGGAAAAUAAAGAGGCAUUUGAGCUUUCCGUAAAGCUAUUCCAAACUAUCGUGAUAGUGGCUGCCCUCAUAGCCACGAUCACUUUCGCAGCCGCCUUCACAAUUCCAGGUGGCUAUGAUGGCAACCAAGGUCGAGACCAAGGUAUGGCAAUCCUAUCAAGAGCUGCAGCUUUCCAAGCAUUUGUCGUAACCAACACCAUAGCCAUGGUAUGCUCCGUUACAUCUAUAUUUCUGUGCCUUUCUGCUAUGGGGUACUCUUUAUCUGCAAAGAAGGAAGCUGUUUUUCAUUACAGAACGCGCUAUAUUGGAGCGGUGGGUCUUAUUAUAGUUUCCAUGUUUUUCCUGAGGAUUGCGUUCAUCGCAGCUACUUUUGCCGUGUUAGCACAUGCUAUCGCGCUUGCUGUGUCCACUUGUAUCAUUGCUUGCUUCGCCUUUAUUGGCUAUAUUGUGGAACUAGGAAAGUUUAUUGUCCGAUUACUAGAAGGCCUCUUUGUAUUGGCAAUUUGAUUGACAAAAGACAUAUUUU